CAUGGGAAAAGUUCUCCUCACUUUAUUUUUCCGAUGACACGGAAUCUUUUUAAAGAAGGCAGAAAGGAUUCAGAGGAGCAUUGAAGGAGGUAGCUGGGAGACUGAGACGUUCCACGAGAGAGAAAGGAGCAGAGGAUGUCCAGAGCUGACUGGUCCUUUCUGGAGCACCUGCUGGAGGAGGGCCAGGAGUAUUCGACGGGCAUCGGCCGCGUCUGGCUCACCGUUCUCUUCCUGUUUCGCAUGCUGGUGCUCGGCACAGCGGUCGAGUCCGCCUGGGACGACGAGCAAGCCGACUUCAUAUGUAACACGCGACAACCGGGCUGCACCGCCGUCUGCUACGACAAAGCCUUCCCCAUCUCCCACUUUCGCUAUUUUGUCCUGCAAGUCAUCUUCGUCUCCACGCCGACCAUCUUCUACUUUGGCUACGUGGCGAUUCGGUCGGGGAAGGGAGACGUGGGGAAAGAGGAGAGCAAGCCGGUGGAAGAAGGCGGCGCGAGUCAGACGGAGCCCGUCACAGAGAGGCAGAAAGACGGGAAAGGAAGCGGCGCUGAGCGCAGCCCGCCAGAAGCUCCCAAACUGAAGGGCAAGCUGUUAUGCGCCUACACGUUCAGCAUCCUUCUGAAAGUGCUCCUGGAGGUGGGUUUCAUCCUGGGCCUGUGGUUCCUCUAUGACGGCUUCCUAAUCGAAGCAAAGUUCGAGUGCGUGGGCUUCCCCUGCCCUCACACGGUGGACUGCUUCGUCUCCCGACCCACGGAGAAGACCAUCUUCACCAUCUACACUCAGGCCAUCGCCGCCGUCUCCCUGCUGCUCAACCUGAUCGAGCUCCUCCACCUGCUUCAGCUUGCGAUUUCCCACCGGCUGAAGAGACGGUACCGAGCGCACCGGCCACGGUCUGUGCCAGUCACGGAGGCGGCGGCCCGACCGCAGGCCCGAGAGGAGACACCGGAGCCCUACAACAACGGGAGCCUACCGGUGUCAGUGCCAGGCCAGGCCGCGUGCUACACCAACCCCUGCGAGAGCUUUGGCGAUGUGGCCAUAACGGUCAAGUGGGAACCCGCGGCGGCCGGAAGCGACGUGCUUCCGAGCUAUACGAACUGCAUGGAGGCCGCGAGGACGUCGCGCUCACCCCGGAAGCACUAUGGGCAAAAGGCGAAGAACAACCGCGGGGGGGCUUCAAAACAGAAGCACUAUGUCUGACUGCGACUCGAGGAAAAUUGUUUUCUUUUUCAAACAUGCUUGUUUGCACAUGACGCUGGCGGAAAAGAGCGGCCCGAUUAGAACUGAAAUAACAGACAAGAGUUGCACUGUGAGCCCAUUGCCUCGGAGGCAGCGAGCACGCUUCAAAACAGGGCCUGAUAACGGACCUCAUUUGGAAUACGCUCCCCAAGGCAACCAAAAACUUGACGAUCAUGAGAUACCGAAUAGCUCGAAUAUGUUUGGGCGGGGGGGGGACACACAGUACAAUAUUUUGGAUCAAAAUUCCCCUGAGGUCCACGCUGUCAUCCCCGGAGGCCCUCUCAGCCCGCACGAUGGAAUGUUCUGGUUUCAGCUCUGCUCCCAAGAGCGUCGUGGCUGUGCGGAUGCGUGCAUGCGCACCCGCGCUUGCUUCCCCAUUUCACCCGCUCCCAUUUGGUGACUUGGAUUAGGGGGUCAGGGGGCUACAUACCAGAAGGGGAUCCAAACCGUGGACCUCCGGAGGAUUCUAAAAGGGGUCACUACGAUCCCAAUCGUAUAUCCCCGAGUAUCGAAGCCACCGCUGACUAAGCUUCCUGUUGGAAGAAUGCUUGAAAUGGGUCUGACAGCAAACAAGAUAAGCUAAAGGUGCUACAUACAGAAGGUGAUCAAAUCCAUGCAAUAUGUAUUUAUAUCAAUUGGUUUAUUUAUUGUAUUGAAUGAAAUAAAGUUAUGAUAAAC